GUGCCCUCCUACCUGAACUACCGGUUCCUGGGGGAGAAGGACUGCGGGGCGCCCUGCGAGCCCGGCCGCCUCUACGGGCUCAUGUACUUCGGGCCCGAGGAGCUGCGUUUCUCCCGCACCUGGAUCGGCAUCUGGUCGGUGCUCUGCUGCGCCUCCACUCUCUUCACCGUCCUCACCUACCUGGUGGACAUGAAGCGGUUACGGGAGGGCUGCACCAUCCUCUUCAUGAUGCUCUACUUCUUUGGCAUGGCCAGCUCCAUCUGGUGGGUCAUCCUCUCCCUAACCUGGUUCCUGGCUGCCGGCAUGAAGUGGGGCCAUGAGGCCAUCGAGGCCAACUCCCAGUACUUCCACCUGGCCGCCUGGGCCGUGCCAGCCAUCAAGACCAUCACCAUCCUGGCCCUGGGGCAGGUGGAUGGGGAUGUCCUCAGCGGUGUCUGCUUUGUGGGCAUCAACAAUGUGGAUGCCCUGCGGGGCUUUGUGCUGGCCCCCCUGUUUGUCUACCUGUUCAUCGGCACCUCCUUCCUGCUGGCUGGCUUCGUGUCCCUCUUCAGAAUCCGGACCAUCAUGAAGCACGAUGGCACCAAGACAGAAAAACUGGAGAAGCUCAUGGUGAGGAUAGGCAUCUUCAGCGUCCUCUACACAGUGCCGGCCACUAUUGUCAUCGCCUGCUAUUUUUACGAGCAAGCUUUUAGGGAACAGUGGGAGAGGAGCUGGGUCACACAGAGCUGUAAGAGCUACGCCAUCCCCUGCCCCCACAACCACAGCAGCCACCACCCGCCCAUGAGCCCCGACUUCACCGUCUUCAUGAUCAAGUAUCUCAUGACCUUAAUUGUGGGCAUCACCUCAGGCUUCUGGAUCUGGUCUGGGAAAACCCUGAACUCCUGGAGGAAGUUUUAUACUAGGCUCACCAACAGCAAGCAGGGCGAGACCACCGUCUGAGACCCCUGCCUGCUGGACCAGGGGGCAGCAGGGGGCCAGAGGAGCAGGGCUCAGCCCUAGGAAGCAACUCCUUAACUAGUCUGGGCAAACUCUGGGUACUGCAAGUGGCUCCCGUGGGCG